UCUACAAAAGUAAAAAAAGGAAAUCGAAAAUUUUUAAAACCUAAUUUCUAAAAUUAAACAAAAAGCUGAAAAUUAAAAAACCUAAAAUCAGAAGAUGAAAGUAGUGCUUCAGUCGCCACCGCCGUUCAGUCCUCCGUUCCAUUCCGCUCUCCUCCCAUCUCUGACGGCUAAUGCGACAAGGCGAAUCACCGGCGCCACCUCUAUGCUAGGAAAAUCGAAAAUAUCAAACAAAAACCUAAAACCAGAAGAUGAAGGACAAUGGAGGAGAGAUAUGGAAGAAUUACCUCGUUGCCGAUUCAUUCUCGAUCUUGUCGUCGUCGUCGCACAAGGUUUUGAGGCGAGGGAGAGGCGGAGAGUAUUAAGAGGAGAGAGAAAGAGAUCGAGGAUAUCUCCUUGCUCGCAGGUGGCGAAUUUCGCCAGCACCGUUCUCCACCGCCGGCGAUUUCAAAGAUUGAAACGCAGAGGGUUUGAGGAGAGAGAGGGAGGCAGAAGGUUUGAGAAGAGAGAGAAAUGAAAUAGGGUUUUGAAAAUUGGGUAAAAAUAGAUAUUUAUAUAACCCGUAAAAUUAAACCACGGAUUGUUUGACCCGCGAACUGACCCGCGACACACCCAUGGGUGGGUGGUCUGACCGGUCAGGCGGCCUUUUUCAAAAGUUUGUAUAGUU